AUGUACAGUGUAAUAUACAGUGUAAUGUACAGUGUAAUGUACAGUGUAACGUACAAUGUAAUGUACAGUGUAAUGUACAGUGUAAUAUACAGUGUAAUAUACAGUGUAAUAUACAGUGUAAUGUACGGUGUAAUGUACAAUGUAAUAUACAGUGUAAUGUACAGUGUAAUAUACAGUGUAAUAUACAGUGUAAUAUACAGUGUAAUGUACAGUAUAAUAUACAGUGUAAUGUACAGUGUAAUAUACAGUGUAAUGUACAGUGUAAUAUACAGUGUAAUAUACAGUGUAAUAUACAGUGUAAUAUACAGUGUAAUGUACAGUGUAAUAUACAGUGUAAUGUACAGUGUAAUAUACAGUGUAAUGUACAGUGUAAUAUACAGU